CAGUAUCAUAGCUAAUCAGUUGGCAGACAAUUCUCAUAUACUGACUUUACUACUAUUGUUAUUACAAUUAGUAGUGAUAUCAUUUGCAGAUGUUAACCACUGACUAUCUGCUGGAUAUUUCAGACACUAUGUCAGAAUUCAAAGACAGUUUACCCACAGUAUCGUUUACAGUUGGAAAUAUAACAGUAACAGAUAAACUCAACUCGUUCUCUUCAUUCCUAAUCACAGAUAUUUUAUCAAUCAAGAAAUCAGAUAACCUUGAACACUUACCAAAUGAAAGCGGAAACUUUAAAUCCACAGAAAUUCCGGAGCAACAACAAAACUACAGAAAGAAAGAAGAUGAAAAUAGUUCACGUUCUCAAUAUGAUAAAGAAAAGUUGGCCGAUUCUUCGAUUUCUGAUAAUAACAAUAAUAAUGCACAUUUCUGGGAUUAUUUAUUUCAAUUUUUAGCAGCUAAUUCAUCAUUGUACACAAAACAAAUUUUAUCAGAUCACCUCCAGUCCUCACUUUCAACAUAUCCAGCACAAAGUCCAUUUUCACAAAUGCUCAAAGAAAAAACUGAAGAGGAUAAAAGAGUAUUUCCAGAUGAACUGAAUAGAAAUUCUACUCAAAAUCAUCAUAACCAUGAACAACAUAAUGAAAAUAAAUUCAAAUCAAGUAUAAAUUUAGACAAUACUCAAUCAUUUAAACAACUCUGUAGUGAAUUCUGGAGGUAUAUUCUGGAAGAUUCGUCGGGUAAUUAUAACAACACAAAUAACCAGUUAAAAAACUAUGAUGCUGUACAACUGAAUAAUUCAAAUUUAUCAAAAUUAUGUUGGACCAAACUCAAUGAUCAAUGCCUACAUUAUACUUUUGAUCAAUUAAAACAAAUUCAAGAUUCAAUGUUCAAUAGUGACAAUACUACUAAUAAUAAUAUUUAUACACAGAGUAUGGAUGUAACAAGAGGAGAGAAAGAGGUAGAUAGAGAAAUUGAUAAAACGAGAAAAGUUGUUACUGGUAAAGAAAAAGUUUUAAACUUUUCAAAUGUAGAAAACACUAUAAAAACUUGCCAAGUCAAUGAAAUGAAAGCAUAUAAAGUAUGGUUUAACUCAAUGAACUGUUUAAAUGCUCAACAAAAAAUUAGUGAUUUGUAUAAAAGUCAUCAUUUGAUAAAAAAUUACUUCAAAGAAACAAAUGGUUUAACAAAUGACAGUAAUCAUUAUACACAGAGCAGCAAACGUAUUCCUGUAAAUAUUGGUAUUGAUAAUAAUCAUAAUAAUGAUAAUAACAAUGAUAAUAAUGAUAGUAUACGUGACGAUAACAAUGCUACUAAUAAUGGUAAUAGUAGUAGUGGUAGUUACAGUAAUAUUUCACUGACACCUUCCAGUUUCGGUCCAAAUUCUGCACUGGAUGCACUUAUUCACAUGACCACAUCUACAAUGCAACAGUUGAAACAUGAAGGCGAUAUAUCAGAUGAAUUUCAUGAACAAUCUUCAAUACAAUUCUAUAAUAAAGUAUCACAAACACGUAAACGACGUAAAACUCGAACAACGUUUUCCAACUCUCAGUUGAAUGAAUUAGAGAAUAAUUUCAAUCGUCAAAAGUAUUUAACACCAUCUGAUCGUGAUCGAAUUGCAAAACACUUAGGAUUAACUAAUACACAAGUGAUUACAUGGUUUCAAAAUCGUCGCGCUAAAUUGAAAAGAGAGGCUGAAGAGCUUGAACGCGAUGUAAUGGCUUUACGAAAACAGAAACAACAAAAAUUCGAUGGUUUUUCAUCAUGUGAUCAUGAACACCAAGAAAAUGAUGAUGAAGAGGGAGGAGAAGAAGAAGAAGAGGAAGUAAACAAUUUUGAUAAUGAUGAGCUUCAUCAAAAAAUUCUAGUACAACCACUUUCACCUCCAAAAGUAUCUUUCACUCAACAAAAGUCAGCGGAGGAAGGCAUACAUGGGACAUCCAAUACUCUGUACACUUCUUCUUCAGUGGGGUUCAGUGUUUCAAUGCAAAAUAGUAAAAUCCUGCAUCAAACAAAACUGAACAACACAUAUGAUUAUGCACAAAGAGGAAUAAAUGAGAUUUGUUUGAAUAGUGAUUUAACUGAACAGGGAAUUUAUACACAUACCGGUAUCAAUAACACUGACAGUAAUGAUAACAAUACCAGCAAGACUAGAUCACUUAGAGCGAAAAAUCAGAUAUGGUGUCCUGCAUUAGAGUUAGAACUAGAAAGUGAUUAGUAGCCAUUCUUUCUAUCAAAACUUUGU